AUGUUCGAGAAAGCCAUAGUGACAUUCUCGCCGGAGGAGGGGGUGGCGACCCUCAACUUGGUCAGGGCAGCCAUUCUGGUCGACGAGUCGGAUCCGGUAGGCAUUCAUAUCGCGGCACGGAAUCUUGCAGAGGACUUCGGCCGCGUGACCCGAUCUGAUGCUAGCGAGGUCACCGUCAUCAACAGCAACCAGUACAACGUAUCCUUGAAGACGAGUACGGCCAUUGUUAUCGGAUGCGUUCGAUCAAGUCAAAUCAUCCAGCAAUUGGAGAAAGAGGGUAAGCUCGACUCUGGAAAGAUGCACGGGAAAUGGGAAUCGUUCACCACUGCCCUGGUCGAACGACCUCUACCAGGCAUUGAGAUGGCGCUUGUGAUCGCCGGGAGUGACAAGCGGGGCGCGAUAUUUGGCGCUUACACGUUGUCUGAGCAGAUCGGGGUUUCACCUUGGUAUUACUGGGCGGACGUGCCGCCAAAGCUUCACAAGGACAUAUUUGCAUUGAGAGAACCGACUUAUCAUGGCGAACCAAGCGUUCGCUUCCGCGGUCUCUUCAUCAAUGAUGAAGCCCCCGCCCUGACAGGAUGGGCCAAGGCCACGUUUGGAGGCUACAACUCGGAAUUCUACAAGAAAGUAUUCGAACUGUUGCUGCGUCUCAAGGCAAACUUCCUGUGGCCAGCCAUGUGGCCUGGCUACCCAAACCCGGGCGCAUCUUUCUUCACCGACGAUCCCGAGACCGCCCAGGCCGCCGAGGACUAUGGCAUUGCCGUGUCUACAUCGCACCACGAGCCCAUGCAGCGGUUAUCAAACGAGUGGUUCAUGAACAACCCGGACGGCAGCUGGAACUGGCUCACAAACAAGGAGAACAUUGCCAAGUUCUUCGAGGAAGGUGUGACGAGAGCCAAGGGCCGCGAGUCCUACUUCACACUGGGCAUGCGUGGAGAAUACGACCGGAAGAUGAAGACGGAUGAUCCGGCUGCAGUAGUGCGCGACGUGAUCAAAACUCAACGGGCACUUAUCAAGCAGGUUAACGGAAGCGAGGACGCCGUGCCACAGCUCUUGGCGCUGUAUAAGGAAGUACAGGAGCAAUACGAAGGGGGCAACCUCGAUGUCCCAGACGAUGUCACUCUGCUCUUUUCCGACGACAACUUUGGUAGCAUCAGACGCCUCCCGUCUGGAGCAGAAAGGGACAGAAAAGGAGGAGCAGGAAUAUACUAUCAUUUUGAGUACGUGGGCGUACCUCGCAGCUACAAAUGGAUCAACAGCAACUCUCUGGGGAAAGUUUGGCAUCAGCUGCAAGAAGCACACAGACGCGAUGCGAAGCAAAUCUGGGUCUUUAAUGUCGGCGACAUCAAGCCAAUGGAGGUUCCGCUCACAUUCGCAAUGACGAUGGCCUGGAACAUCAACUCCAUCGAGGCGACUUAUUUCGCCAAAUUCUAUCAGACAAUGGCAGAAGUCAAUUUUGGAAAACAGAAAUCCGAGGAGAUUGCAACAGUCUGGCAAAAGUACGACCGCCUGGCCGCUCUUCGGAGACAUGAGCACAUCGAAUCGACAACCUUCUCCCUUGUCAACUACAACGAGGCAGACGACGUCCUCGGCCGUUGGGAAGCUCUGCUCGCGCUCGCCGAGGACAUCCACAGGGAUGCACCGGAAGAGCAAAAGGCCGCAAUAUACGAAACGGUCCUGCACCCGGUCGCGGCCUCCACCAUCUUCACAAAGCUCCAGAUCACCCUGGGUCGGAAUCGGCUCUACGCCCGACAGCGAAGAAAUACAGCCAACAGGCUCGCCCGGAAAGUCCUUGAUCUCUUUGAUGCGGACUACGACCUAUCCGAGGAGUUCCACGGGCUUCUGGGCGGGAAAUGGGACCAGAUAAUGCGGCAGACGCACUACGGCUUCGAAGACACCUGGCAUGCUCCGUAUCGGGAUAUGAUCAGUGGCUUGUCCUAUGUUCAGCGCAGACAGCAUUCCAACCCCAUCAUGGGGCAGAUGGGGAUAGCGGUGGAGGGCCACGAAGGUGUUCGGCCUGGGAGGACGAACGAGGAGUCGGAUCGGACGCAUCCUAGCCGGCGCGACUUGGUUCCGGGAGUCACGCUGGGACAGAUGAGCCGCUACGGACCUUGGAAAAGAUGGAUUGAUAUUUACACCAGGGGACCCCAAGUCAUCCACUGGCAGGCAUCUGUUCCGCACGCUUGGCUCCAGUUGUCAACCACGGCUGGCACCCUCGAUCCCGAUGGAGAUGACGCCCGAAUCGAGGUCACGGUCGACUGGGAUCAGGUCCCUGACACUUUUGACGAGGAAGUUCUGGUCGAUAUCCGUUCUGAAGAGGGCGAUUUCGAACAGGUCCACCUUCCAAUCACGGCAAGACGCGUUCCCGAAUCAUUCCGAGGCGGUUUCGCCGAGACGGACGCAUGUGUCUCGAUUCCUGCGGCCCACCAACCUCAGCCAGGGUUUCGAGUCUUUCCCGAGUGCGGGAGGACGGCGGCGGGCGCAAUCGCCGCUGUACCAAGCGAGAUUGAAGCCUCACCGCAGCUGGAUUACAGGUUUUACACAUUUUCGCAAGUCGCCGAACCAGCCUUGUUGCUGUACUUCAACAUGACUCUCGAUCUCGACCCGGCUGACCCGAUGACCUACGAGAUCCAAGUGGACGACGGCCCUGGCCAGACGCAUCGGUUGCUGCCGACGACGGUUGACCUACCUGACGGAUGGUUCCACGCCGUGCAAGACUGCACCUGGCUGCGGGACCACGACCUUGGCGGAUCUGGCUUCGAACCCGGUGAGCACAGCGUCAGGAUCAGGCUGAGACAUUCGAAUCUGAUUUUGGAGAAGUUGGUGGUUGACCUUGGUGGAGUGAAGGAGAGCUACCUGGGGCCGCCGCCGAGCGCGUACAUUCCUUGA